UUUUAAAAGUUAUCAUACCAUAAACAACAAGCCGUCAUGUUGUCUUGUCUGACACCUGACUUUUUAGUUGCAUACACAAAUUUAUCUAAUUCGACGUUUUGUAAUCAAAAACGUUCAUAAUAACGCUAGUUAACAAGGAGGCGGAUGAAUUAAGUUUACAGCAGCGUAUUGUUCUACCAUGGGAAUUGUGUACGAACGCUUAAAUUCGCUUCUGUACUUGGAGUGAGGUGUCACGUCUAAUCGGGGCUUCUCUAUCGGCUGACUCCAUGAAUAUUAUCAGGAUAAUAUGUUAACAUGGCUGUGCAAUCGGACUCUGGGGGGAAGGACGACGUGAAGACACAGUUCGUGACGAGAGAAGGGACAUACCGCUUGAUGACGCUGUCGGAGUACUCGAGGCCUAAUCGAGUUGGUUAUACGAGCGGCUCCGGCUCCUCUCAUGUGCGCGUGUCCCUGGUCAGCCUGCCGCCGGGGCCUGGGGGCGGAGCGCCCGGCUCCGACGGCCAGGGCUCCGACGACAGGAUAUGCUUCAACCAUGGCAAAGAGCUCUAUGUUUAUGUAUACAGAGGUGUUAAAAAGGGCAUGUCACUAUAUUACACACUUCCUCGGCAGGCGGCAGAUCUCACGAAGCCGGUUGACAAGAAGAUGUACAAAGGAACAAACCCAACUUGUCAUGACUUCAACACCAUCACGAUGACACCGGAAAGUGUGUCCUUAGUUAUAGGAUUUUCUACCGGCCAAAUACAACUCAUAGACCCUAUUAAGAAAGAAUUAAGUAAAUUGUACAAUGAAGAGAGACUGAUUGACAAGACGCGAGUUACGUGCAUCAAAUGGGUGCCCGGAUCCAGCAACCUGUUCAUGUCCGCGCAUGCAUCUGGCCAGCUUUAUGUGUAUAACGAGGAGUUGUCGUGUGGCACGGCGGCCCCGCACUACCAGCUGUUCAAGCAAGGCGACGGCUACUCCAUCCACACGUGUCGCACCAAGUCAACCAGAAACCCCCUCUAUCGCUGGCUCAUAGGCGCUGACCCCAGCUGCAUCAACGAGUUCGCCUUCUCCCCCUGCGGAGCCAAUCUAGCAGUUGUCUCCCAAGACGGGUUCCUGCGCGUCUUUCAUUACGAUACCAUGGAGCUCAUCGGUAGAGCCAGGUCGUACUUCGGAGGAUUCCUCUGUGUCUGCUGGUCUCCCGACGGCAAGUAUGUUGUCGUUGGAGGUGAAGACGACUUGGUAACUGUGUGGUCGUUCAGCGAAAGACGAGUCGUAGCGAGAGGGCAGGGCCAUAGAUCGUGGGUAUCAGUCGUCGCCUUUGACCCUUACGUAGUGAGCUUCAGUGAGCCUGAGAGUGAAGAAGGCGUAGAAGAUGACAGACAGAAAAGUGAAAGUGUGCAGUGUUAUAGGUUAGGCAGUGUAUCUCAGGACACACAGUUGUGCUUGUGGGACCUCACUGAAGACGUGUUGAAGCCGCCGGUCCGCGCGCGAGCCUCCGCGCAUCUCUCGCCCAACAGUCAAACGUUCUCCCCCAAUGGAGUGCCCGGGAUGAAGGUAACCGCGCCUAAGGGAGCUAAGACCAAUAAAAUAGGACAUAAACACGCAGAGCUGAGCGGAUCGAAUGCUUCGGGCGAGCCUUCAGGCGCGAAGCCGACGAAAACGAAAGUGAACAAUGUCUCAACGCUAAACAUUAGCGUGGGGAAAGCGAAAGAGGAGACAUCAGGGUCGCUCGGGGUGAACUCGUUAACUCAGCGGCUAGCCGGGUUCUCAUUCGGCGAGCGCAGAUCUGAGCACCGCAGAAACUUUAGUCUGACGAAGCCGGCGGAGCAGAAGUCGUCGGCAUCGAAUAGCGUGGCACUUAGAGGGAAGUCAGCGGGGGCACAGUCGGGGGAUUCGUGUGACCCACUGAAAUUAAUCGGCACGGCGUCGUGUCCUCGGUUUGACGAGUGUCCAGUGUUGGAACCGCUGGUGUGUAAGAAGAUCGCCCACGAGCGUCUGACGGCGCUGCAGUUCCGCGCGGAGUACUUCGUGACGGCGUGCGCGGACGGGUGCGUGAACACGUGGGCGCGGCCCGCGCGGCCGCACAACGGCGACGCGCGCCCGCACCGCCGCCUCGACCGCCUCGACCUCGUCGACUAGGCCCUGCCACUCACUGCCCGAGCCGAUAUUGUACCUAUCUGAUAAUCAGCUUACUAGAGAUACAAUUUUGACAUUAGCCCCAUAAAAGUACUGUCAAAUUCCUAUCUCUAGUAAGCAUAAUAACAGAUAGAUACAAUAUUGUGCACGGCAGUUAGUGCCGCCUCGCGUACGGACUAGUGCUACCUUCACCAAGCAAACCAGUGCUGCUUCCACACGCUACAACAAUCUUGUGAUUGCUACCUUGGUAGUUGCCAAGAAUUAACUUAUUAGGUCACUCGUUCCCAAUUUAAUUUCAAUUCUAGCAGCACUGAAGGUUGUAUUAUCCUGUAUUACGUGCGUCUGAAGACACUGAAAUCUAUACAGAGGUAGCAAUUUGAUGACGUUAAUAAAAAUGUUGUGAUGGUCUUGUUCUAAAUGUAUUUUGGACUGAAACUUUGGUUAUAUUGAAAUACUCCUGGUUGUAUGAGACAGUGGUCGUUAGUUAAAGUUGGUGAGUGGUGUUUGUGUGCUAUUAUUCCAUGUUAGACACACUGUUCACAUGUGUGAGUGUUUCUGUCUUGUCCUGGAGCUCUCCUGUGUAUGCCGAAACUGUAUUUGUAUUUAAAUCUUUCCCAGUUCGCAGCCAAACUUAGCUUAGGAAAGCUUUAAUAAAAUUCGCACUGAUUUUGAGUAAUUUAUUCUUUGGAUCUAUGUUUCUAUGCGAAUCUGGGAAUGGAAAUUGUAAUUUGAUGUUUUAAGGUUUACAGGCAAAAGAGGUAUUUUAUUAAUUUGACAAACGUAUUAAGACUUUAUGAUGUUGAUCAUAGAGUUUUCAUGUUUUUAAUACUGCAUGCAAGAUGAGCCUAAAAUUGUACUGGAAGUGACUAGGCAAAUAGUGCUUUUGAUUUAUUGUAUUACAUGUUUUCCUUCUUAGGUGAAAUUCGCACGACACAUAAAGAUGAGUACCUACACAUUUUUAACAUGUCCACAUGAGUUAUAGGUACUGAACCAUUUUCAGUAAAGUUAUUUGAAUAUUUUAUUUUGCAUGGAUUUAAUGCGAAGAAAACCCAGCAUUUUGCAUUCAGAAAUAAAUGACUACUUUUGAAUUGUGGAGUGAUGGUGUAUAUGUAACAAAUGUGUACUCAACUUUACAAUAAUGCACACAAGCAAACUAUAACUAAAUUGUGAUACUCCCUUAAAUCUAUAGUGAACUGUCCUUUAUAUAGUCCUGUGUAGAGCAUAGCAACAGACUUAAAUAUUGUUAAUAAUUCCUUGAUAGUUCUAUCGAAAUGUUUCAAUUUAUUCAUAGAAUAGUUUAAAUUGCAACUGCUUUUAUAUCUAAGUCAAUACAGGAAAGUUCCAGUCGUGGCUAUGGUCCACUAAGCAUUUUCUAGUGUUGUAACGAUAUACGAUGAAAAAAAACAUUUUAGAUAGCAAUAGAUAUGAGAUUCGUAACUAUGUAUAGACAAAUGUAUAUUGUAAUUAAGGAAAACGGUUUUUUUCUCGGCUCACAUUAUGUAAAUAUAGUUGUUAGGUCAAGCGAUCUGAUCGCUUCAUAUUCGCGAAGAACACGUGCGCUUUCAUAUUAAAGCUAUUUAUUACGAUUUUUUUAUCGAUUUGAAUGUUGUUGCAUCGAUUUGACGUGUCUGUAAGACUUGCAGUGUUUAAUCGUUUCACUAUUUUUUUUUUAUAUCGUGAGACUCUUAUAAGUUGUUAAUUAUUUAGAUAUUAGUUCGUUUGUAGUUUAGUGAAUUUAUUUUAUCAUAGAUCAAUAUUUUGGUUCUAUAUUUUGCUCUCGUGUAGAUAAAUUAAUGUGGUGGGCGCGGAUUUGAUGAUUUUGAAAGGCCAACUUUCUUUUAUCAAAAUGGAUAGAAACCUUGGUGAUAAAAUUUCAUUCAUACUCUGACAAGAUUUGCACCCUGUUUUGUGAAUUGCAAUGAAUAUAGUAAAAAUUACUCCAACGUCUCCCCAAAAAAAAUGCUCCAAAGAUUAGGCCUCAUUAGAACAAAAUACAUUUGUACUAAAUUUAAAUUGUCUAAGCAUUGAAUAUGUCUUCCUUUUCACAAAUCCGCGCUCGAAAUACUAUUCCUAAUCUAUAUUUAGAUAUUUUCACAAUUUGUCCAUUGCUAAUUGCAAAUUAAAACUUAGCAACAGUAUAAAUAACGGUAAAAUAACUGUUAUAACAAUGCAAUAGCGUAGUAAACAUAACUAAAUCUUUUCUUGUAUUCGUCUAAAUUAUUUGUUAAAAAUUAUGAUUUUUAGUCACUAUUAUUUAUGUCUAUAGCGUAUAACGUUUUUAUUUUAAUCUUAAAAAAACGACUUUAUAGAACUUUAAUAACGAUUAUCGUCGCACCGUUAUUUUACGUCAAAUAAAAUAACGUCUUGGAAUAAGUGUUGUUGCGUGUUGCAGAAUUUCAAAGUGGAAUACUAUUGUGUCAUUUUCACUACCGUUAAGGAAUGUUUUAUUUGUUUUGUGGCCUUAUAAAUGUUACUUAUUAUUAAAAUCAGGUGGCUGCAAUUAAACUUGCCUUUCUUAUUUAUGUUUGUCAGUUAAUUUAAAUAAGUUUCUAAUAAAGACAGUAGUUGUGAUCCAGGGCUAAAUAUGGCCAAUGUUGGAGCCAACUUUGGCCACAAUGUCAAAGGAUCUUCGCUGCAUAAUGUUGGUCCAAAUGUUUGGCGCCAAUGUAUGUCUCUUGCGCAUCGUGAUAUUGUCUUCUAAUGUUUUAAUUAAACUAUAAUACUAUACUAGUCGUAAUGUGCUAUUAUUGGUACAAUAUUGAGCCUUGGUAACGUUAUUGAAGUAAAUAUUGAUAGUUAUUUGUACAGUAUAGAGUAACGUCUUAUAACUGUUCGAUAAAACUAGUUAUAGGAGAAUAACGAAGUAAAUGCAAAAUACGUAAACAUUGAAAUUAAAUUAUUAUGAUCUCAAGCAAAAUUCCUUUGACUAUCGCUUCGUGAUCGCGGUGCGCAUUGUACAAGAGACUAAUAAAAUUCCUGAAUAUGUAAAAUAAUGUAUUAUUUAUUUAAUUGAAAAUAAUCAUGAUUCCUAUAUAGCUUCGUUCACUUUAUCGAUAAAUAACUUGUCGUUUUGCAAGCAGCUGAUCUGUUUCUGAGCCAUUUGUUAUAUUUAAUUUCAUACUUAAUACUAGGUUGUGCUCAUAGAUAAUUUUAGCCUUUGAACAACAUAACUUUUGCGCUGUUUUGGCUGUACACGAAUAUAAAUAAAUAUUGCUCUUUCCGAGGCACUGAACACAUGCCUUUCGAUGAGCAAGGCAUUGAUUUAAUAAUCCGUGUUUUCAAAUAAAGUAUUUUAUUGCAUUUAAUUUCGUAUCUGUCUGUUAAAGGUACAUAAUUCCUAAAAAUUGUAUUUAAUGAUUUGAUGGUGACUGAAUUAAAGUUUAAACUUUUAAAUAUUGAUAAAUACGUUGCUAAUUUUGCAAGUCGUUAGCAGUCAGUACAGCGUGAUAAUAUUAUAUUUAUUUUAUUUCAAUAAUUCAGUAGACACAAUACAAAGCGUCUUUAAAAAAAUAUGCCUUGUGGAAAGUGAGGCAGUGAAAUAUUUCUCUUUGCGAGGCAGCCUCGUGAUCGUUCCAGCUGUCUCAUCCAGUGGGUAUCUUUGUAUUGUGUCUUAGUAGAAUUAUUAGCUCUCUGUGUUGAGCAAAUAUUGUGGGACUAAGUUUUGUAAGACAGUCUUUGUAUUCAUUGAAAUAGGACGAUUGAUUUGAAUUUUCGUUUAUAUUUCACGGAAUCUGUAAUCGGACUUUUCAGUAAGUAUAAAAUUAUUGACAUCGAUUUUUUCAAAAUGAAUUUUGUAUGUUUUAAUUAAAAUACUGAACUGGUUGAUUUAAUAUCUAUACAAGACUUGUCUAAUGAAAAUUAUUCCUUUCAAAGUUAACUAGGUCACUGAGACGAAUGCAACCAUAAUUAUUAUGAUGUUUACAAUAAUUAAUUUAUUGGAGUUCUUUGUUCAAUAAUAGUGAGACACGAAUUACAAGCCUAUCAAGAUAAUAUUUAAAUAGAGGAUUCUCUUUAUAAA